AUGGAAAAUAGCAGCCCUGGUAAGCAUAGGCGGGUGAAACGAUGUCUUUUCGGCAAACCGGACCCCGAUCAGGUUGAGAAAUGGUUAUCAGACACUACAGGCAAGCAGCUGAAGAACAGUCAGGAAAAGUGGAGUUAUGACUUCAAAUUAGAUAAGCCUAUUGCUGGUGAUAUUGAAUAUGAGGCAGUCCCUAUGGAGAAGGUUGAGAAAUGGUUAUCAGACACUACAGGCAAGCAGCUGAAGAACAGUCAGGAAAAGUGGAGUUAUGACUUCAAAUUAGAUAAGCCUAUUGCUGGUGAUAUUGAAUAUGAGGCAGUCCCUAUGGAGAAGGUUAGUAACUGCUUGUACAUGUGCCUUCUAUGUACAAACCGUAUAUUCAUGGGAAGAAAGAAGACGCGAAAAGUUGCUGAGUUCGAUCCCAACAUUCCAUCAGUUUCUAGCGAAGAACCCAAAAACGAACCUGAUGCUGUAGCUCAUCGACCUCUUACGCGAUCCUGUACGAAACUUCAAGGUCAGAAGGUUGAACUGUCACGAGGUCUAAAGCAGGCAAAGCUC